AUGAAGCUCUCAAUCGUUCUUCCCGUUGUCGUUGCUAUAUUCUCCGGGGCCGCGACUGCCAGGGACUGCACGUUAGGCCUUCACUAUUGCGGGUACAACCUCCUUAAAAUUGGUAUGUACAGCAUCCUUACCAGAGGAACAAUCCGAAACUAUAGAAGCCAGAUCAAACACGCCCUGCUUAAGGCCGAGCAACCGACACGUACAGUGAACAUCGAACAAUCUAGAUUCAACUGCGUCGAAAAGGGAGGGAUCAAAUAUAUCGAUUUCUGCAGUGGCGGAUGCAGAGAGGGCGUGCGAGAUUCAGUUGAAGGCACAGUGAAGAAGCGGGGGGUAGGAGACUGCGAAAUUAGUUGCUUGCUAUGGACUAAAAUACGCCAACGUGUUUUGCUAGAAAAUUGCAUCCUGUUUAUGUUCACCUCUAUUCCAAAGCUGCUCAUGACUAUUCUUCAUGAACGGCUUCGCUAA